AUGGAGAAAUAUUUAAUUCUUUUGGCUUUAUUUUCGCCAAUUGGCGCACAUAUUUGUUUAAUUUCUCCCCAGCAAAGAGGUCCUAUUAAUAUCAGUUUGAGUGGGAGUCAUACCUGUUUUAAACAUGGAUUUCCAUGUGGUGGAGAUGCACCUGCAACACCUAAAUAUGUCCUUAAUGCCGGACAACCAGCUUUCAUCAAAUGGCAACAGAAUUAUAACCAUUAUGAACCGGGUUUUCCAGGCUAUAUGGAUAUAAGUAUUGGGCCUAUCAACAGUAAGUCUCCAGAUGACUGGACAACAUUAGGCGUUGUUGAAGAUAAAUAUGUCUUCUCCCAAGAUUACCAAAGAAAUUACACUGCUAUUGUGAAUGUACCAAACAAAGCGUGUUCUCACUGUGUGAUUCGCGUAAGAUACAACGCCCAUAAACCUGGAGAGACCACAUUUUACCAAUGUUCUGAUGUAAUAAUUACAUCCUCCAAAAAGGUUAUCAGUUCACCGGCAUCUUUCCCUUUAACUGAUAGAAAAGACAGAGCUUUAAAGAGAGCACUGUAUCUAACUCACACACCAUCAUCACCAAAGGCAUCAUCAGGAGGAAUCUUUGGACAAGCAUUCGAUCCAUUCAAUACCUCAAGAGUCACCUAUGCCAAAAUUGAUCCCGUAACUGGUGAAAAACUAAACGUUCAAAACUGGAAUUUCGGUUUAGCUGACAAAAGAGGGCGAGCUGCAGACGAUGUCAAGUACAUCACUUUGGAAGUUAUGACAGUUGAUGCUUCUAGAGGAUCUGUUGUUUCCAUGUUUCAUGGUACUGGUUCACGAGAUGGUAUUCCUGGACAGUUACUAGAAGUUGGGAUCACUAAUGGUACCAUUUUAAACACAGUGACACUUAAUCCAGCGCCAACGUCUGCCAUCAAUUCUAUAGCAUAUCAAUCACCAGGAAUGUACAUUACAUUUUCCAUUGAAGAAAGUUCCCAAAAGCCAGGUAAUUAUUACUUUGUGGUGGGUAAUUUGGAUAUAUCUGGUAACUGGAAAGAACGAACACGAACACCAACUACAGAGAACUUAUUUGUCAAUUUUCAAUGGAUGGAGUACGAUAGUAAAAAUAAUAUUGUUUAUGUAUUGCUGGGAAAUGAGAAUGCGGCGGAUACUCUUGAUGCUAGAAUUUAUACGUUCAGUGUUACGUCUUCCAAAGCAUUGUUCAUGGGUUAUAAAAGUCUAGAUGUGUCCAAGUAUACUUUUAUGUCCAUGCAUUAUCAUUCAGCCAAAGGUCAAUUACUAGCUAUAUCUCCAGGAUUAUUUUCCACAAAAUAUCCUGCAUACUCUUUAUUAAAAAUAGACGUUAAUACAGGCAGUGUCCAGGAGUUAUCAAAAAUUACACCACCAGGAAUUUUUGAGAAGUAUUAUGGCGGAAGCAUUAUAAAUGCUAUAGAUCAGCAAAGUGGUAUAUUAACCCAAGCUUUCAGAGUGGCUGAUUCAGAAGCUGAUGUAGUAGCCAGUAUAGAUCUCAACAAAUUAACCGUUACCUUUUCACAGAUGACAAAUUUACGUCAUAUACAUAAUCUUGUGUAUGCUCCAAAUGUAUAA